AUUACAGAGAAUUUGAUUGCUGGUUACAUAUGAUGGUUUGGCAGAUUGGCAGAAUGGUUGGGUUGGUCACAUUGGUUUUGGUCUUGCUAACAUGCAUGAUCUCCUCUGCUUUUGGUUCUACUGGUCUCUCUAGAAUCAAUCUUGAAUCAACCACAACUUUCAAUGUCAUGAAAUAUGGAGCAACUGGAAACGGAAAAACCGACGAUUCCCCGGCAUUUAGUGAAGCAUGGAAGGCAGCAUGCCAAGCACAACCAAAUGAUAAGAGUAUAUUAGUCAUACCGGCAGGAAAGACGUUCUUGUUGAAGCCUAUUUCGUUCAAUGGCCCAUGCAAGCCCUCCCGUAUCUACGUUCAGGUGUCAGGAACCAUUCUUGGUCCAACCAAGAAAACCGAUUGGACUGGUUAUCACAUCGAUACAUGGCUAUUGUUUUCCAUGGUAGAUGGUCUUACAGUGAGUGGCAACGGACGAAUAGAUGGUCAAGGUCCUAUUUGGUGGGAAAAUGCCUGCAUUGGUUCUCCGGCGCCGGGUACAACUUGUCAUGCACCAGUUGCGUUACAGUUCAAAAGAUGCAACGGAUUGCGACUCAAUGGUUUAACACAUCUAAACAGCCCACGAGUCCAUAUCACAAUAACUACUUGUAAUGGUGUCAUUGUCUCUAAUAUACAUAUCAUUGCCCCUGAAACAAGCCCGAAUACCGAUGGCAUUGAUGUAUCGGGCUCCACCAAUGUCAAUAUACGUAACUCCGUUAUUGAAACUGGAGACGACUGUAUUGCUAUUGGUGGAGGUUCAUCUAAUAUCAAAAUCAGCGGUAUCAUGUGCGGGCCAGGCCAUGGAAUCAGCAUCGGAGCCUUGGGACACAGUGGAGCCGAUGUAGUGGAAAACAUAGAUGUCCGCAACUGUACCAUGAUAAAAACGCUAACUGGAGUAAGGAUCAAAACUUGGCAGGGAGGAAGUGGUCAUGCGAAGCAGAUCUCAUUUACAGGCAUCAAGUUUGAUGCAGUUUAUAAUCCUAUCAUAAUCGACCAAUACUACUGUCCCAAUCGAAAGGAUUGCCUAAACUCUACAUCAGCUGUCAAGUUGAGCGACAUAACGUACAAAGGAAUCGCGGGGACAUCAAGCAUGGACAACGUAAUAAAUCUAAGUUGCAGUGAAAGUGUUGCGUGCACAAAUAUUGUAAUGGACAGUGUGUACAUCAGCUCAGCUACCCCAGGAAGAAAGGUGUUCGGAAGCUGUAUCAACGCCCAUGGAAGACUUAGCCAUGUUAAACCUUUUUUAAAAUGCCUACAACCUUAGACCAACAUUUAUAAGGCUCAAGGUCAGGCCACUCAUUUCUUAUACCCCUAAUACUUGUUGCAUUGCAAAGUAUGUCAUGUUUAUGCUUACUUUAACUGUCUGUAAUAAGAUAUGAGCUCCUUCCAUUCAUCAAUAUUUUUAUUCGAUUUUUCUCCUUAUGCAUUUACUUUCUACACGUACAACUUUAGAUACCUAACUAUCUAAAGAUUACAGAAGGAAUAUACACUAGAAAAAUACGAUACGGCUUGUGUUCAAUC